AUGGGCACAUACGAUGCCAUGCUUACUGGCAGUCCCCUACUGUCCAGUGUUAUUCUGUGUGCUCUUCUCACCGGUACCGACUGUUGGACCAGUGUCGUCGCCAGGCUUAACCAUCCGGAACGUUUCAACGAGCAGCUGAUCAGUUAUAAGGGUACGCAUCAGUUAUCGCGAUAUUAUGAGCUGGCGAGUGAAGGAUACUACACCGGUGCGUACAUGCCGAGUGAUGAUAACGAAUCCUGCACAACGGCUGAUUGUCAAGAGGUGAUCCCGGUCCGCGAAAAACGUCGCGUCGAUCCCACCUUCUACGGGCAUCCGAAAACCCGAGAACAAAUCUGGGAGCGAAACUUUGCCCACGUACUGAUCGACAACCGGCAGACCAUGUCCCUGGUGACGCUGCUGAACAAAAUCAUCCUCAAGUAUAUGCACAGCUGCAUACCGAUCGUGCUGUACGAUACGUACGUCGGCAACACCGAGAACUACAUUCUCGAGGCACUGUUUAGUGAGUUUCCCACGACGUACGUGACCGGGCGCAUCGGGCCCAACUACACCCUGGACAAUCCGGAGAUCCUGCAGCCGUCCGGCGCGAUGUGUCGCAGCUACAUCCUCUUCCUCUCGGACGUGAUGAUGGCGCGUAAGGUGCUCGGACCGCAGCUGACGAGCCGCGUCGUACUGAUACCGCGCUCCAGCCAGUGGAAGCUGCAGGAAUUUUUGGCCUCCAAGCAGUCCCGAGACAUCAUCAAUCUGCUGGUCAUCGGUGAAUCGUACUCGGUGGACAAGCGCAUCAACAACGAGCAACCGUACGUGCUGUACACGCACGAGCUGUACAUUGAUGGGCUAGGCGCGAACCGGCCCCAGGUGCUAACCUCCUGGAUUGGCAACAAGUUCUCGCGCAGCAGCGUCAACCUGUUUCCACCGAAGCUGCGCCAGGGGUUCUCCGGUCACCGGUACACGGUCAUGGCCGCCCAUCAGCCACCGUUCACAAUCAAGAAGCUAGUCACGGACGGUGUCGGCAAUGUGCAGAUACGCUGGGAGGGUUUGGAAAUUCGGUUGCUUCAAACGCUCUCCCGGUAUCUGAACUUUACCUUCGACAUCGUGGAACCGUCCAAACCGCAGCUAGGAUCCGGUGAUGCGGUUGUGGAUGAGAUCAAGCGACGCCAGGCUGACAUUGGUUUGGCGGGGAUCUAUGUGACGAUCGAGCGCAACAUUGCCACCGAGAUGUCCGUCGCUCACUCGAGCGAUUGUGCCGCCUUUCUGACGCUGAUGUCUAGUGCAUUGCCAAGGUACCGUGCUAUCCUCGGUCCGUUCCAGUGGCCCGUUUGGGUAGCCAUCAUCUUUAUCUAUCUGCUGGCCAUUUUUCCUCUCGCUUUCUCCGAUAAAAUGACGUUACGUCAUCUGCUCGGUAACUGGAGCGAGAUCGAGAACAUGUUCUGGUACGUGUUCGGUACCUUUACCAACAGUCUUACGUUUCAGGGCGAGAACUCGUGGAGCAACACGAAGAAAACUUCCACUCGUAUGCUGAUCGGCAUCUACUGGGUGUUUACAAUCAUCAUUACGGCCUGUUAUACGGGUUCAAUCAUCGCUUUCAUAACGCUUCCGGUCGAGCCGGAACGGGUGGAUAGUGUGCAGGAGCUAAACCAGGGGUUCUACCGCGUCGGUACGCUGGAUCGCGGUGGGUGGGAACGUUGGUUCGCCAACUCGAGCCACGAGGCCACCAACAAGCUGCUGAAGGAUCUGCGAUACGUGAGCAGCGUCGAGGAGGGUAUACGAAACGUUACCGGAGCGUUUCUCAUUUCGUACGCCUUCAUUGGUUCCAAGGAGGAACUUCAGUUUCUGGUCAAAUCGAAUCUCUCCUACCAGUUCGUCAACAAGCGAUACGGUUUGCACGUGAGCCGCGAAUGUUUCGCCCUGUACGGGGUGUCCUUAGUCUUUCCUCCGUAUUCCGUGUACCGCGAUCCGAUCAACAAUGCCAUCCUGUACAUGCAGGAGGCGGGCAUCAUCACGAAGCUCAAACGGGAGGUACUGUGGAACACGAUAAAGACGAAGGAUGGCCGCUUCCGAGAGGCAUCGGUUGGUGAGUCGUUACGCGGUCCGGCACCGGAAGAGCGCGGUCUAACGCUUGCCGAUACCGAGGGUAUGUUUCUGCUGAUGCUGUUCGGGUAUGUCGUGGCACUGGGCGUGCUCAUCUCCGAGUGGGUCGGCGGUUGUACGAACCGGUGCCGCGAGAUAAUGCAGGAACGGGCCGAGCGAUUAAAGGCUGCUUCCGCUGGAGUCACAUCCGUUCCGCAGUCGGCUAGCAGUUCGAUCGGGAGCGUGAGCGCUAACGGAAGAAGGAAGGGUAAGCUGGAGCAGAAUGGUUCACCAGCCACUCCAACGGAGGGCCGGCAAGAAGUUGGCCUGGAAGAUGGGCGUAGCAGCGGUGCUUCCCAGCACCGUAGCCUAUCCGAUUGUCUAUCGGAGGUAAGCGCCAACACGAUGCAGGAUUUGUAUAACGGCCCCGAUCGACGUCACUCGACCAUCGUUUAUCUCGAUGGACAUCUUAUGUCUGAAGAGGAAGCGCAACGGAGCGUCGCCCGGAAGGCGAAACAUCGACACAGCUUAAGCUCCGUGAUGGAGCGACAGGUCGGGCAACUGUUCAAGCAUCGCAAAGUUAAAGAGAGUCCGUCGGGCCGUGAUUCAAUAACGAUCCGCGCUGAUGUGUCCGAAGAGCUUGGUGAAGGUACAUCGCGUUCGACGGAAGGUCGCAAAAGCAUCGAGGCUUCCUUCGGUGAGCGAUUGCUGCACUAA